CAGGUUCUGAACCAAGCUAUUAUUUAUUAUUGAUACCUUUUCUGAUGCCUGCUCAGAUCUCUGCUUUACCUGCAGUCGUUAGUAGCAGUCAUUUUGGCAGUCCAGGCAAGACAAUGCGCUUCUUCAUUCGUCUCCUCUUUUCAUCCCUGGUUUUCAUUUCCUUGCUGUGGUGCAGCCAUCUUCUUUGGAAACGCUUGCCUCAGAGCCAAGGUAAAGCACAAGUAAGCAGGCACUCCUACAAGGUUGCAGUUCUGCCCACCAGAUCCUCAGAGAACAAGAGAUCCUUCCCCCACCAUGUGCUUCAGAGAACUCAGUGAUCUUACCGUACUAAAGGAGGACUUACCAGUAACAUUUGACACUUUCCUGCAUACUCAACAGCUCAGGAAAAAGACACUGAGAUCUUUCUGUGGUCAAACUGCUAAAAUCACUGAGCUUCCCCAUAAUGAGCAGGAAGCUUCCCAGGUGGUGUCUUCAAUCAUGGUGAACAACAAACUGCAGCUACUACACUGCAAAAUCCCAGCAACUGGGGUGGAAGGCUGGGAGCAGCUGCUGGAGAUGCUGGAGGAGAAAGAUGUCACCCUGCAAAUGCCAGUUCCUGCUCACCAGCAAUUUGGCACACAAAAGAGGCUGAGCCAGUACAACCUGACAUCAGUGGAAGCCCUGCUGAAAUCCUACACAAAAGUGAUGUUUAUCAGGGAACCUUUCCACAGACUCAUCUCUGCUUACAUGCAUGGGCUGGCAGAUGGCCUAACCUUCAAGGAAUUCAUCCAAUACAUCUUAUACAGAGGAUCCAGUAAUGCCAGUAUUGAAUGGAAACCAUUGGUCAGCCUGUGCCGGCCAUGCCUCAUUCACUAUGAUUACAUAAUCAUGUUUGGCUUCCUUGGCAGUGAAGUGCACCAUUUAAUGCAGCGGGCGGGGCUUCUAGGGAACAGCCAGCUUCCUGAAUUCAUAGACUCCAAAAUACGUUGGACUUAUGGCUGGUUAGAGGAGCAAAUGUUCAGUGAACUCUCUCAUGUGCAGAAGAAACAGCUCUGCCACUUCUUUCGGUUUGACUUUGCUGCAUUUCACUUUCCUAACAGCUUGCUCUGGGACCCUACUUGCAUUUCAGAGAGCACCUAGGGUUAUUGAAAUUAAGUCAAUGGAUCAUUCUUUCCUUAUAAGCAAAGAAAAAUGUUGCAGAACUGAGCUGCUGUGGGGCAGAGUUAGAGUUUCAGUGCAAAUUCCAGUAUCUCAACCGUUUCUUUUUAAAACUUGGGAUCAAAAUAGAUGAGACUUUGGAUUUCAUGUCCCUUUAAAAUUAGUUUACCAGUAGCAAUUGCCUGCAAUGGAUCAGGGUCAUGGCACUGGGAAAGGGGGAAGCUUUCCUUCAAAGGUACUCCCAGUCCCAACUUCCAUAAUGUGUGUGUUAUUAUGUGCUGUCAAGCUGCAUCUGACUUAUGGCAACCCUAUGAAUUAAUGACCUUCAAAAAAUAUCCUGACAUUGAUACCCUUGUUCAGGUCAUGCAAACUGAAGGCUGUGGCUUCCUUUAUUGAGUUAAGCCAUCUCAUGUUGGAUCUUCCUACUGCCUUCAAAUUUUCCUAGCACUGUUGUCUUUUCCAGGGAGCCUUGUCUUCUCAUGAUGUGACCAAGUAUGAUAGCCAGUCUCGUCAUUUUAGC